GGGAAGUUGGGCGCUGUCGGGAAUUGCCGGGGCAUGGCGGAGCGGCCCAGGGCGGGGGGUCGCAGGCAGCGCCGGGGGGCGGCGGCGGGCGAGAGGCCACGCUGAGCCGAGCCGAGCUCCGGGGAGCCGCGGGCGCCGGCAUGGCUCGCUGGAUCCCCACCAAGAAGGAGAAGUACGGGGUUGCAAUCUACAAUUACAAUGCUGCCCAAGAUGUGGAGCUCUCCUUGGAAGUGGGUGACACUGUGCACAUUCUGGAGAUGUAUGAAGGCUGGUACCGAGGCUACACGCUCCGCAACAAAGCGAAGAAGGGCAUUUUCCCAGAGACAUACAUCCACCUGAAGGAGGCCACCGUCAAGGACCGGGGACAACAUGAAACAGUGAUCCCAAGUGAGCUGCCCCUGGGCCAGGAGCUGGCCUCUACCCUGAGGGAGUGGGCAGUUAUCUGGCACAAGCUCUAUGUGGACCACAAGACGACGCAGUUCCGGCACGUGCAGCAGCUGACCUACAGCCUGAUCGAGUGGAGGUCACAGAUCCUCUCUGGGACCCUGCCCAAGGAUGAGUUGGCUGAGCUGAAGAAGAAAGUCACUGCCAAGAUUGACUAUGGCAACAGGAUCCUGGGCUUGGACCUGGUGGUACGAGAUGACAAUGGGAACAUCCUGGACCCAGAUGAAACCAGCACAAUCUCUCUCUUCAAGACCCAUGAGACAGCAUCCAAGAGGAUUGAUGAAAGGAUCCAGGAAGAGAAGUCCCUGCAGCAGAACCUGGAGCUGCGAGGGCAGCCAGUGUUCACCACCACUCACACCUACAGCCUCUACGUCAACUUCAAGAACUUUGUCUGCAACAUUGGGGAGGAUGCAGAGCUGUUCAUGAGCCUCUAUGACCCUGAGCUCUCCAAGUUCAUCAGUGAGAGCUACCUGGUGCGUUGGGGCAGCAAUGGGAUGCCCAAGGAGAUCGAGAAGCUGAACAACCUGCAGGCAGUCUUCACUGAUCUGAGCAGUUCUGACUUGAUCAGACCCAGGAUCAGCUUGGUGUGUCAGAUUGUGAGAGUGGGGCACAUGGAGCUGAAGGAUGGGAAGAAGCACACCUGUGGGCUCCGGAGGCCCUUUGGGGUGGCAGUGAUGGACAUAACUGACAUCAUCCAUGGGAAGGUGGAUGAUGAGGAAAAGCAACAUUUUAUUCCCUUCCAGCAGGUCACCAUGGAGACGUCUGCCCGGCAGCGGCAGCUGAUCAUGUCCCCCCUGCUGCCCUCCCACGGCGUCGGCGAGAACGAGCCCCUCACCGCCGUCUUCAACAAGGUCAUCGCAGCCAAGGAGGUGAACCACAAGGGGCAAGGUCUCUGGGUCUCCCUGAAGCUGCUUCCUGGUGACCUAGUGCAGGUUCAGAAGGACUUUUCCCACCUUAUAGACAGAUCAACUGCUGUGGCUCGCAAAAUGGGGUUCCCUGAGAUAAUCCUUCCUGGGGAUGUGCGCAAUGACAUCUACGUCACCCUGCUGCAAGGAGAGUUUGACAAGGGGAAGAAGAAGACUCCCAAGAAUGUGGAGGUCACCAUGUCUGUACAUGACGAGGAUGGAAAUCUCCAAGAGAAAGCUAUCCACCCUGGAGCUGGCUACGAAGGGGUCUCUGAGUACAAGUCUGUUGUGUACUAUCAAGUCAAGCAGCCCUGCUGGUAUGAAACUGUGAAGGUGUCCAUCGCCAUCGAGGAGGUCAGUCGGUGCCACCUGAGGUUCACCUUCCGCCAUCGGUCCUCACAGGAGUCCAGGGAUAAGUCUGAGAGAGCUUUUGGCAUGAGCUUCGUGAAGCUGAUGAACUCGGAUGGAACCACGCUGCAGGAUGGCAAACACAACCUGAUUGUCUAUAAGGGUGACAACAAGAAAACGGAAGAUGCCAAAUGCUAUUUAACUCUUCCUUGUACCAAAACGGAGGUAGAGGAGAAGGAGGGCCCCCUGGGGAAGAAUGUGGCCAACUUCACCCCCACUAAAGACAGCACCAAAGACAGCUUCCAGAUUGCCACUUUGAUCUGCUCCACCAAACUGACCCAGAACGUUGACCUGCUGGGGCUGCUGAACUGGCGUUCCAACUCCCACAACAUAGCUCACAACCUGAGGAAGCUCAUGGAGGUGGAAGGAGGAGAAAUCGUCAAGUUCCUGCAGGACACCCUUGAUGCUCUGUUCAACAUCAUGAUGGAGAUGUCAGAAAAUGAAACCUAUGACUUCCUGGUGUUUGAUGCCCUGGUGUUUAUCAUCUCUUUGAUUGGAGACAUCAAGUUCCAGCAUUUCAACCCUGUGCUUGAAACUUACAUCUACAAACACUUCAGUGCAACCCUGGCAUAUGUGAAGCUGACCAAAGUGCUCAACUGUUACGUGGGGAGUGCUGAGGACUGCAGCAGGACAGAGCUGCUCUUUGCCGCUCUGAAAGCCCUCAAGUACCUGUUCCGCUUCAUCGUGCAGUCACGAAUCCUCUACCUGAGGUUUUAUGGGAAGAGUGAGGAUGGGGAUGAGUUCAACGAUGCCAUUCGCAGGCUGUUCCUCAACUUCAACCUCCUCAUGGACCGGCCCCUGGAGGAGGCUGUCAAGAUCAAGGGUGCAGCUUUAAAGUACUUGCCAAGCAUCAUUAAUGAUGUCAAGCUGGUGUUUGACCCUGUGGAGCUCAGUGAACUCUUCAGCAAGUUCAUCCAGAGCAUUCCUGACAACCAGCUGGUUCGGCAGAAGCUGAACUGCAUGACCAAGGUGGUGGAGAGCGACCUCUUCAGGCAGGCUGAGUGCAGAGACGCCCUCCUGCCACUGCUGGUAGAUCAGCUGAGUGGGCAGCUGGAUGACAACUGCAGCAAGCCUGACCAUGAGGCCAGCUCACAGCUGCUCAGCAGUGUUCUUGAAGUCCUGGACCGGAAAGAUGUGGGCCCCACUGGGAAGCACAUCCAGCUAGUGAUGGAGAGGCUGCUGAGGAGGAUCAACCGCACGGUGAUCGCCAUGAGCAGACAGUCCCCGCACAGCGGCAUCUUUGUGGCCUGCAUGACAGCCAUCCUGAGGCAGAUGGAGGACUCCCACUACAGCCACUACAUCAGCACCUUCAAAACCCCCCAGGACACCAUUGACUUCCUGAUGGAAACCUUCAUUAUGUUUAAGGAUCUGCUUGGGAAGAAUGUGUAUGCCCCUGACUGGAUGGUGAUGAAUAUGAUGCAGAGCAGGGUUUUCCUCCGGGCAGUGAACCAGUUUGCCUCUGUCCUCAACCGGUCCUUUCUGGGUCAGACAACCUUUGAACUCCAGCUCUGGAACAACUAUUUCCACUUGGCAGUGGCCUUCCUCACUCAUGAGUCCCUCCAGCUGGAGACCUUCUCACAAGCCAAACGCAGCAAGAUCAUCAAGAAGUAUGGAGACAUGAGGAAAGAAAUCGGCUUCCGAAUAAGGGACAUGUGGUACAACCUGGGUCCCCACAAAAUCAAGUUCAUCCCAGCCAUGGUGGGCCCCAUCCUGGAAGUGACGCUGGUGCCGGAGCCGGAGCUGCGCAGGGCAACCAUCCCAAUCUUCUUCGACAUGAUGCAGUGCGAGUUCACCUGCAGUGGCAACAGGAGCUUCCCCAUGUUUGAAAAUGAGCUGAUAACCAGGCUGGACCAGGAAGUGGAGGGUGGCCGAGGGGAUGAGCAGUACAAGAUCUUGCUGGAGAAACUCCUCCUGGAGCACUGUCGGAAGCACAAGUACCUGGCUGCCCCUGGGGAGGUGUUUGCCCUGCUGGUCAGCAGCCUGCUGGAGCACCUGCUGGACUACAGGACCAGCAUGCAGGAGGAGAGCAGGGAGAACCGCAUGAGCUGCACAGUCAACCUGCUGCAUUUCUACAAGGAGAAGAAGCGAGAGGACAUCUACAUCAGGUACCUCUACAAGCUGCGGGACCUGCACACAGACUGUGAGAACUACACCGAGGCAGCUCACACCCUGCUGCUGCAUGCAGAGCUGCUGCAGUGGUCUGAGAAGCCCUGUGUGCCCCACCUGCUGCAGAGGGACAGCUACUACGUGUACUCACAGCAGGAGCUCAAGGAGAAGCUCUACCAGGAGAUCAUCUCCUUCUUUGACAGGGGCAAGAUGUGGGAAAAAGCCAUUCAGCUGAGCAAGGAGCUGGCUGCCAUGUAUGAAAACAAGGCCUUUGAUUAUGAGGGACUUGGUCACCUCCUGAAGAAACGAGCUGCUUUCUAUGAGAACAUCAUGAAGGCCAUGAGGCCCCAGCCAGAGUACUUUGCUGUUGGGUACUACGGGCAGGGCUUCCCCUCCUUCCUCCGGAAUAAAAUCUUCAUCUACCGUGGCAAAGAGUACGAGCGAAGGGAGGACUUCAACCUGAGGCUGCUGACUCAGUUUCCCAGCGCUGAGAAGAUGACCAGCACUGCUCCUCCAGGAGAGGAGAUCAAGUCCUCCCCUAAACAGUAUGUGCAAUGCUUCAUUGUGAAGCCUGUGAUGAACCUGCCGCCUAAUUACAAAGACAAACCUGUUCCUGAGCAGAUCCUGAACUACUACAGAGCCAACGAGGUGCAGCAGUUCACCUACUCCCGACCCCUCCGCAAGGGAGAGAAGGACCCCGACAACGAGUUUGCUAACAUGUGGAUAGAAAGGACAACCUACACCACAGCCUACUCCUUUCCAGGCAUCCUCAAGUGGUUUGAAGUCAAGCAGAUCACAACAGAGGAGCUGAGCCCCCUGCAGAACGCCAUCGAGACGAUGGAGCUGACCAACGAGAGGAUCAGCAACAUGGUGCAGCAGCAGGGCUGGGACCGCAGCCUGCCUGUGCACCCUCUCUCCAUGCUGCUGAGCGGCAUCGUCGACCCUGCCGUCAUGGGCGGCUACAGCAACUACGAGAAGGCCUUUUUCACAGAGAAGUAUAUUCAAGAACAUCCUGAAGAUCAAGAUAAAAUUGAGCUGCUGAAGCACCUGAUUGCUCUGCAGAUGCCGCUGCUGGCAGAAGGGAUCAGGGUGCACGGUGAGAAGCUGACGGAGCAGCUGAGGCCCCUGCACGACAGACUGGCAGCCUGCUUCCAGGAGCUGAGGAGGAAGGUGGAGAGGCAGUACGGGGUGAUAACUCUGCCUCCCUCGCUGAGCGAGCGCAAGCCGAGCCGCUCAGGCUCCGUGGUGCUGCCUUACAUCCUCUCCUCCACGCUGCGCCGGCUCUCCGUCACCUCCCUGGCCUCCUCCGUGCUCUCCACGUCUUCUGCCUCGUCUGACAGCACUUCCUCCAGGCCAGGCUCCGACGGCUCUAUUCUGGAGCCUCUCUUGGAGAGGAGAACAUCAACAACUUCCAGAGCUGAGGAGCUGCCCAUGAAGGAUGAUGCUGACAGCAGGAUCUGCAAGCUGAAGCGGAAGGAGUGGAGUCUCAGCAAGUCUCAGGUCAUUGUGGAGAAGGAGCCAGAAGUGGAACUGACCUCCAAAAUGGGCAUGUCUGGGAAAGCACAGAGGCCAAAGAGUCUUCAGCUAGGAGACAACAGACUGACUCUGCUUCAGGGCUCCUCACUCCAGCAGCCAAGCACUCAGAGCCCACCACCCAUCACUCCCAAAACCCCAAGAACCCAAAGCUUCCCCUCGCUGCAGGCUGAUGGGCUGGCGACUGCUGCCUUACCGAGCAGCCCACCUCCCCCUCCCCCCAAAAGCAAACCCUACGAGAACAGCAACCCCAGGAGCUCUGCAGAGGUUGCUCCACCACUCCCCAGCAGACAUGAAGCCAAACCUCCCCCCCCACCCCCCAAAGCCAGAAAAUCCAGCGUGGUGUCUGCAGAGCAGGGACUGCAGUGAGGAUCUUCCCUGCCUGCUCCAGCAGAACA